UAGGCUCAUUUUUAAGUCUAAGAGGGUGUGGGUCACAUAAUAGAAAAAACCAAAUCAAACCAUGGUGUUGACACAGGUGCAACAGCUUGAUGAGGGCUCCUCCUACACCAGCUCGGUGUUUGCAUCAAGAUACGUGCAAGAUCCUGUCCCAAGGUACGAGCUGGGAACGAGCUCAAUAUCGAAGGAGGCGGCGUACCAGCUAAUCCACGACGAGCUGCUGCUGGACGGCAGCCCCCGGCUGAACCUGGCGUCGUUCGUGACGACGUGGAUGGAGCCCGAAUGCGACCGGCUAAUGACCGAGACCGCCAACAAGAACUACGUCGACAUGGACGAGUACCCCGUCACUACGGAGCUUCAGAACCGAUGCGUGAACAUAAUCGCGCGGCUCUUCAACGUGCCCUUGAACGUGAAAGAGGCCGCGGUCGGGGUGGGCACGGUGGGCUCGUCGGAGGCGAUAAUGCUCGCGGGUUUGGCAUUCAAGAGGAGGUGGCAGAACAGGAGACGAGCUGAAGGGAAGCCUUAUGACAAGCCCAACAUUGUUACAGGGGCCAAUGUGCAGGUAUGUUGUGAGAAAUUCGCGAGAUAUUUUGAGGUGGAGCUCAAGGAGGUGAAGUUGAGGGAAGGGUUUUAUGUGAUGGACCCUGAGAAAGCUGUUGAAAUGGUGGAUGAGAACACCAUUUGUGUCGCGGCGAUUUUGGGCUCAACAUUGACGGGGGAGUUUGAAGAUGUGAAGCUUCUUAACAAUCUCCUAACACAAAAGAACAAGAGAACAGGGUGGGACACUCCAAUUCAUGUAGAUGCAGCAAGUGGGGGAUUCAUUGCACCCUUCUUGUACCCUGAAUUGGAGUGGGAUUUUAGAUUGCCUUUAGUGAAGAGCAUUAAUGUGAGUGGCCACAAAUAUGGCCUUGUUUAUGCUGGUGUUGGUUGGGUCAUAUGGAGGAGCAAAGAAGAUUUACCUGAUGAACUCAUCUUCCACAUCAACUAUCUUGGUGCAGAUCAACCCACAUUCACCCUCAACUUCUCUAAAGGAUCUAGUCAAAUAAUCGCUCAAUAUUAUCAGUUCCUACGGUUAGGUUUCGAGGGUUAUAGGAAUGUGAUGAAUAACUGCAUGGAGAGUGCUAAGAUCCUCCGAGAAGGGCUCGACGCGACGGGCCGCUUCGACAUAAUCUCGAAGGAACAAGGAGUGCCACUAGUGGCAUUCUCAUUCAAAGAGAGAGACAAAACUCUGGCCUUCAAGUUCUCUAACCUCCUGCGGAGGUUCGGCUGGAUCGUCCCUGCUUACACUUUGCCGCCCGAUCUGGAAAACACGACGGUCCUUCGGGUGGUCAUUCGCGAGGAUUUCGGCCGAACUUUGGCCGAGAAGUUCCUCUCGCACGUCAAAAUGGCAUUAAAGGAGCUCGAUUCGAUGAUCAGGGCACCGGUGCCCACGAUACGGUACACGAUCGAAUUUGGACCUGGCGAGAAUGCGGGGGACGAGCCAAUGGUUAAGGUUGUGAAGCAAGAGGUAGGGGGGAUUCAAAAGAGUGUGCCUUUGCUAAGCGGGAAAACAAAGGGUGUUUGCUAAAUAUAUAACAAUCAAAAUUGAUGGACUUUGAGCUUGUAUAUAAAGAUUGAGAUGAAAAUAAUGUGGUGCUUUUAAUCCCCUAAGUAAUAAGAAUUAUUUGCAAGGUACGCUACCAUGGUUUA